AUGAAGUUCUUUUAUGGUUUGCAGGAUUUUCUAAUGAGAAGAAAGGGUGUUGUUAAAAAAAAGUUGGUGUUAGCAUUAUUAAUAUCUACUUAUAUCUUAUCAAUAGAAGCUGUCCCGAACGGAUCAUUUCCGGCGCUUUUGGCUUUUGGAGAUUCGAUGGUCGAUACCGGUAAUAAUAACAAUUACCUCUUGACUCUGAUGAAAGGACAUUACUGGCCAAUAUAUGGAUGGAACUUCGACUCCAAAAAACCAACGGGAAGACUUGGAAAUGGAAGGGUGUUCUCUGAUAUAGUUGCUGAAAGUUUGGGGAUCAAAAGACUAUUACCAGCGUACCGUAAGUUGUACAUUAAACCAAGCGACCUUAAAACUGGUGUUUCAUUCGGAUCAGGUGGGGCAGGAGUUGAUCUUGUUACAUCAAAUUUACUGAGAGUUUUAUCGCCGGCUAACCAAGUAAAAGAUUUCAAAGGCUACAUAAGGAAGCUGAAGGGAAUAAUCGCAAACGCAGUGAUUCUUGUUUCUGAAGGAAAUAAUGAUAUUGGAAUCACAUAUGCGAUUCAUGAUGCUGGUAUGCGAUUAAUGACUCCGAAUAUAUACACCAGUAAAUUAGUUGGUUGGAACAAAAAAAUUUUGAAGGAUUUAUAUGAUCAAGGAGCGAGAAAAUUUGCGGUAAUGGGAGUGAUACCAUUGGGAUGUUUGCCUAUGUCAAGAGUAAUUUUCGGUACCAUCUUCGUGUGGUGUAACUUCUUGGCGAAUCAAAUCUCGGAAGAUUACAACAAAAAAUUGAAAAGCGGAAUUAAAAGUUGGGGAACAGAAUCGGGUUUUAGUGGUGCCAAGUUUGUCUAUGUCGACAUGUACAACUCUCUUAUGGAUGUUAUCAACAAUCAUAGGAAAUACGGGUUUACCAAUGAGAAGAAUGGGUGUUGUUGUAUGAUUCCGGCAAUAGUACCAUGCUCCAACCCAGAUAAAUAUGUCUUCUAUGACUUUGCUCAUCCCUCCGAGAAAGCCUACAAAACAAUUGCUAGCUGAUUUCUUGUAAUAUAUCUUAACACUCACCAUCAUUAAUUUUAUAUAUGAGACGGAAAAUCACAUAUGACGUGACGAUAUAUAUGUACCUCUGUUUUUUUUUUUUUGUUACAAAGAAUGUAUAUAUAAUCCGUUUUAAAUAACCAGGAACUUGCUUACAAUGUAUGUUCGAGAUACACUAUAUUCUCCUCUUCGGCCAAAAACA